AUGCCCUUCCCUGUGUCUGAUGAGAUCCGCCGCGCCCGGCACGACGACCCAGAGGACGAGCAAGAAGACUACUGGGAAGAAGUUCGAAAAUCCGCCGAGGACGUCUGGGAAGACCUAACCACUCUUCCCACUGUUGUCACCAUCAUGGGCGCUCCCUUCACCCUCGACAGCACCGGCCUGCCGUCGUGGAUGAGUCUGAGCACCGAUGACCUUCCCGAUGCCCUGAAGAGCCGCCUGCAGUCGACAACGUCGGCGCAACCAACGGCCGUUUCGUCGACCUUGAUCCCCAUCUCGAAGACGUCUGUUACCGUCACUCCUGCGACUGAACUUGGAAAUCCGGGCGCCCACGUAGGCUCUUCGGCCACGCACGGUGCUCCAUCCUCAACCUCAGCGCCCGGUCAAGCAGGAAGCUCUGCGAGCGCAGCGAGUUCCACUUCAGCAGAACAAGACCAUGACUCCGGUCCACCCCUGGGCCUCAUCUUGGCCGGUGUCAUAAUCCCCGUUCUGGUCAUCUCAUUGCUCGCCUUCACUGCCUUUGUUGUCAUGCGUCGCCGGAGGCAGAAGAGAGACGCAGAACGUGCCAUGGCAGCCGACGAGAUGAAGUUCCGCCACAGCGAUGACUCCCAACAGCCGCCUUUCGUUCAGCAGCCUCCGGUCCAAGAACCCCCUGCGAUUCGAGAGCCCUCUCCGCAAGAUUCACCGAGAGCAGUGACGCCUGUACCAGCCCCUCCACCCGUCAUCGUUUCGGCCAUGAACCCGGCGAACAACUCCUCGUAUUUCACCGGCAUCGACACAUCCGAGGCCCUCUCCGUCCGCACAAACUCGGUACGCAGCGGCCAGAGGCCGGCUGGCUUCAUGCUGGACGGAGAGUUCCACGAGGAGCCUCCGCCACCGUAUCGCCCACGCAGCGUGCCACCCAUCUCUAGGGGCUCGAGCAUGCGCACUAACUACCGAGCUGACUAUGCAAGUUCUCAGCCCCUCCACGAUCACACCCGAGUCGUCAAUCCGUUCGCAGAUCCGUCGGAUGAUGACAACGUUUCCAUCAUGUCAGGGCCGCCCAUGAACCCGUUUGCGCGAGAAGCAGACGACCAUCUCUCGGUGGUAUCCGACAUGUCGUAUCAACACGAGCCCGCAACGGUGCACCAAAGCGUAUGA